AUGGCCAUCUACGACUUCGAUCGCUUCUCCAAGCACGACAUCAUCGGCGAGGUGAAGGUGCCCAUGAACACGGUGGACCUGGGGCAGCCCAUCGAGGAGUGGCGGGACCUGCAGAGCGGCGAGAAGGAGGAGCCAGAGAAGCUCGGCGAUAUCUGCAUCUCCCUGCGGUACGUGCCGACGGCCGGGAAGCUCACUGUCUGCAUCCUAGAGGCCAAGAACCUGAAGAAGAUGGAUGUGGGGGGCCUCUCAGAUCCCUACGUGAAGAUUCACCUACUGCAGAACGGGAAGAGGUUGAAGAAGAAGAAGACCACAGUCAAGAAGAAGACCUUAAACCCCUACUUCAACGAGUCCUUCAGCUUUGAGAUCCCCUUUGAGCAGAUACAGAAAGUGCAGGUGGUCAUCACGGUGCUGGACUAUGACAAGCUGGGGAAGAAUGAAGCCAUCGGCAAGAUAUUCACGGGCUGCAACUCCACCGGCACGGAGCUGCGGCACUGGUCCGACAUGCUGGCCAACCCCCGGCGGCCCAUUGCCCAGUGGCACUCGCUGAAGCCAGAGGAAGAAGUAGAUGCAGCUCUCGGGAAAAAUAAAUAG